CGGUAUAUAAAUACAAUUUGGGAAUGGAGGUACGAGAACGUAAGAGGCUGUGAUAAGGACAACCUGGCAAGUGUAGUUAGACAGGUAAAGCAAAAACAAAACGAAAAAGAAUGCCAGGCUUUUACGCAACAUUAGUUUCAAUUUUAUUUAUUUCACACUCAGAGUGUGCGUUAUAUAACAAUUUGAUUGGUCUGAGUGGACAAGAAAUGUUAUAUGGAAAUCCUAUUUAUUCUUUUGCUUCUCAAACACCGACAGUCUCACAAAACUUAGUGGUUAGUGAACGGUUAGGCUCAAACCUCCCACCCCCUCAACCACCCCAGGUGCUACUCGAUUUCAUGAAACCACAUGCCCCGCCCCCAGCCGCCGCCCCAACGCCUAACUUUCUAGACAGUUUGUUUUCAAUGAUGGGAGCUGGCUCAAGAGGGGGGAGCCAUGGCGCCACCCCAACAGCGACCAGUGCAACAAGCUUACUGCACAUGCCGAUGAGCACAGCGGGUCCACAGCACAUGCCGCUAAGUGCCGGGAUGAAGCAAAUGGUCAACAAAUUCGCCACACAACUUGGACAUAAAGCUUACUAUGAGGCUCACGGCUGUGUAGAUCCAGCCUCAGUCCUCCAUGGGCGACAGAGUCAGAUGGCAUCACUAGCCAUGAUGCUUGGAUGUCAAAGCCCGCAGGCAGGUGAAGUGUGUGAACUAGCCCAAGUAGCUCACAGCGGUGGCCAGGGUUCUCACACCAGAAUGGUCAUGGGCAUGAUGAUGCCCCCUGCUACAAAGACUAUGCUUGAAAAAUGCCUGAGCUUCUCAACGCUGACCAGUGCCCUAAUGUCUGGCCAGCAGACUCAUCCUACACCACAGGCCCAGAAAGCCUUAACCCCACCUCCAGAAGCGGCGGGCUCCUCCACAAGUCAGAAUGCAGCCAUCGAUUGUUCCGGCAUCCAACAGAUGCUUAUGAUGAGCCCUAGCGCUGCUGAAGGCCCAACGAGCCCUGAGGCUAUCGAACAGAUUGGCGUCCUGCGGAACAGAUACUUUAAAAGCACUUGUCAAGAGAACAUACUGUUAGGUUCACUUCCUUUGAGAAUGUGUUGUCCUGGUCAUGUGAGACCACCAACAAUGGAGGAAGCCAUGAUGUUGAAGAGUAUGACAGCAGCAGCCUAAUUCCUAUUACCUACCCUUGAGCUCUUAAAAAGAGUAACCUCGCCUGGCCAUGUUCUGACUUUCUGAUAUUCUGGUACAUGCCAAGUCUACAACACAAGCGUGGGCAAUGUUGUCUGGAAAUGCUGGCUAAUACAACUACGUAGACCUAGCACCUUGACAGCUCAAUAAUCAUGUUCUUAAUAAACUGAUUUUUUUAAUUUAAAUAA